UUAAAAAACUACAAACCAACGCUCAACUUAUCAUGAGAGUCUCACUAUUCUAACUAAGAUGUUGGGCCUUGUUCAACUGCAAAACCCUUGUGGUGCUCAAACUUAUUGGGGGCUUAAAUAAGAACCCUUUUUUGUUCGAUUUUUCAUCUGUUGAUCUGCCCUUACUAACAACCUUGCAUUUGCAAUCAUUUAUACUAAAGUGUAGGGAUACGACAGAGCUUCCUGGUGGGAGUUUGAAUCUCAUGUUCUUGUGCGUGAGCCAUCUUUAUUUUAGUGGUCCUGAAGCAAGGUUUGAAAGAUUGCCUAAGUUGGUUAGAGCCACGAUUGUGAUAGGCCAUGCUCUAUUGGGGGUUGUUAAUAAUGUUAAGUUUCUGCACAUAGAUUGGGUUGAGGGGUUAGAAGUGAUCAAGCGUUGCCCCAAUCUUCAAAUUCUUGACAUUGAUAUGGGGAGUAUUGACAUGAAUGCUAGAAGCGAUGAAGGAGCAGAUUGGCCAUUCCCUCGAUCUGUCCCUUCAUGCAUUUCAUUACAUCUUAAAACAUGCGAAGAAGAAGAAACAAAGAAACAAAGAAAGGUGGUGCUAGGUGUGGCUGUUACUCUAUUCUAUGGCGACACCCAAUGAGUCACUAGUUGACUCACAUGACCCGUCUAUAUUAAAAAAUUAUAAAUAAUUUAUAACUUGUAAAAUUUUAUACUUAAAAAUAUAAAUGAAAAUAUAAUCAAACUUCUAUCAA